CCAAGGGCAAGACACUCACGACAUAAAACUAAAACAGAUCCAGAAACAAGAAUUUUGUUUUUGUCCAGAUUUCCGUCAGUUUUUAUGUCCAAACUCCAAAUUUCAAGCAUAUUGAUCUAGGAAGGCCCUACAAAUAGCUAAGCACAGCAGCACACUUCUCAUUCUCAUCGUAGCGCAAAUCUUUCACGUGGCACGUCUCGCGAACUCUGUUUCUCGAUUCGAGCGAGGCAGGAAUUAGUGGAUUUCCAGCACCCACCAGCUCUUUCCUGGCGUUUCGGGCGAAACAAAGAGCCAGAUGUCUUCUGUUCUCGGUCACUGGACCGGGGGAGUUAAUCCAGGCAGAACAUCGAUAAAAAGACGUGGCAAUUCCCAACCAGUUAAAACAUUGAGAAGAGAGAUCUUCUUGAAGCUCAACCAAGAUGAAGUUGAGGAGGAAGUGAAGGAUGCGAAGUUGGUGCUCAACGUUGGAACGUUGUUAAAUGCUGCCACAGUGGCAGGUUUCUUUUCAGUUUCUUCAGCAAAUGCAUCUGUGGAACACAUCUUGAAUGUGCAAUCCAGUGUGUUAGCAGAUGCAAGCCUUGGAGAUUGGUUUGGAGGCUUCCUGUAUACAGCUGGGCAGCAAGCUAAUGUGGCUGUUCAAGACCAACUUUCAGCUCUGAAUUUAACCAGUUUGGCAGUAAUUUUUGGUGCUGGGCUUGUUACAAGUCUUUCCCCUUGUACACUAAGUGUGCUCCCAUUGACCCUUGGCUACAUUGGAGCUUUUGGAUCAGGCAAAAGCCGUGUACAGAUAAUUGGGGAUUCUCUUGCAUUUUCACUGGGACUGGCUACCACACUGGCAAUCCUAGGUGUUGCUGCUUCAUUUGCUGGAAAGGCAUAUGGACAGAUUGGUCAAGGUCUUCCACUGGCAGCUUCUGGUUUGGCUAUCUUAAUGGGCUUAAAUCUCUUGGAUGUUGUUGAAUUACAACUUCCUUCAUUCUUUAAUAACUUUGAUGCAAGAGCUGCAGCAUCUAAUUUCCCUUCAAGUGUGCAAGCUUAUCUUGCUGGCCUAACGUUUGCCUUAGCUGCCUCUCCCUGCAGUACUCCUGUUCUUGCAACUUUGCUGGGAUAUGUUGCUUCCACUAAGGAUCCUGUUAUUGGUGGUAGCCUACUUCUGACAUAUACAACUGGUUAUGUUGCUCCUCUCCUACUUGCUGCAUCCUUUGCUGGUGCAUUGCAGAAUCUACUCUCAUUCCGGAAGUUCUCAGCAUGGAUCAACCCAGUGAGCGGCGCGCUACUGCUUGGAGGAGGCAUAUAUACUCUCUUGGACAGAUUGUUCCCUACAAGCAUGGCAAUGUAGCUGUUAACAAAGAAUAAUGAAAAGAAGUGGCGUCAUCUCGCCAUCAUGAUGAUAAAUGAAAAAAAAAAUCAGUUAUUGCUCCA